UGUCUUUCUAUAUCAGCGAGGUAUUUUAGAAUGAGGCUGAGCUCUGCUGUAAUUCUGAGGUUGGGAGCAGAAUCAUGGCUUUGUCUGAUGGCAGGAUGCAAUCCUCCCUCUCCUCUAGCUGGCCUGCCUUGGGGCCCCGAAGGAGAAGUGUCUGGUAUAUUUACAGUGACUACAUCAUCAAAGAAAAGACUGUGCUGUUGCAGAAGAAAGACAGUGAAGGAUUUGGCUUUGUGUUGAGAGGAGCAAAGGCGCAAACCCCCAUUGAAGAGUUCACUCCGACACCGGCGUUUCCAGCCCUGCAGUACUUGGAAAGUGUGGAUGAAGGAGGCGUGGCCUGGAGGGCAGGUCUUAGAAUGGGAGACUUUUUAAUCGAGGUGAAUGGUCAGAAUGUGGUGAAAGUGGGGCAUCGUCAGGUUGUUAACAUGAUUAGGCAAGGAGGAAACAAUCUAAUGGUCAAAGUGGUCAUGGUAACCAGGAACCCUGAAAUGGAAGAUGCUAUGAGAAAGAAAGUGCCGCAGCAGACAAAAAGAGUUACACCACCUGCGAUUUCACUUCGGUCAAAAUCCAUGACUUCAGAGCUAGAAGAAAUGGUCGAAAAAGUUUCACCCUGGAAAAAGAAAAAUGAUUAUGAACCAGCCCAGAAUACAGAGAAGAAAAGAACGGUGUACCAAAUGGCCCUAAAUAAACUGGAUGAAAUCUUGGCUGCAGCCCAGCAGACAAUUAGUGUCAAUGAGAGCUCUAGUCCAGGAACUUCAAUGGGAGUGUCCAGGGCUCCUGGAAAGGGAUAUUUCUCCUCAGAGUCAAAUUUUGGGCAGCACAGAGUACCAAGCGCCCAGUCUAUGUACGAGAGGCCAUCUUUCCUCGCCUCUUCUCCCUCACAGGCCAUGAUGCUACGACAAAAGUCCAUUGGAGCUGCCGAAGACGAUAAGCCAUUCUUAUCUACACCAUCAAUGAAGUUCAACCGCAGUCUCUCUGUUCCUAGUUCUGAAGACAUUCCUCCACCUCCUACAACUUCUGCCCCUGAUCCUCCAUAUAACACAGCCCCCUCACCUUCGCCAAGAGUAAGCCCAGUAAUAAGAUCAAACUUUAAUCAGAGCGGAGAUGUAAGAGAUAUAAAGAUGUACUCCCCAUCUAUGCGCCAGGAUAGUCUGUUUGACCAGCAAAUGAUGGAGGCAUCACAGAGACGAGAGAAAAUGCAGCUUUACCACCAAGACUCUGACCAAGGAAAUGAAGAACAGAUUCGCAUGGGCAUGGCCUCACCAGCAAAUAUGAGAAGCUGGAGGUCACAGGCACAAGAAAUCCGUUACUUUAAUCUUCCUGCCAGAGCAGCCAGUACAGCAAUGUAUGUUCCAGCAAAAGCAAUGCGUCAGAAAGGACAACUAGUGAAACAGGUUAAAGUGGAAAAUGAGCAAUUGGAACAGCAGCAGCAACAAAUGCAACAGAAAUUGCAACAGCAGCAAUACCAGUCACAUCACCAGCAGCAGCAGCAGGCCACAAAGUCCCAUGAAAAAAGCUCUAUUCCUAUCCCCACCAUUAUUAUUAAAGCUCCCUCAACUAGUAGCAGUGGGCGGAGCAGUCAAGGUAGUAGCAUGGAGGCAGAAAACCAACCAGAUCCAGUCCCUAUCCCAACUCUACCCCCAAGUGAUAAUAUGGAUUUUACUAGUCGCUUUGGAGCAGCAAUUGUUGGUGCAGCACGGCGGGACCGUGAAUGGUUUAAUGAAGCACGACGAAAGUCAGCUCUUUUUCUUUCCACAGAUGAAGAUACAGAACCCACACCUGCUCCACGGCUAAAGCAUUCCAAAUCUAUUGAUGAGGGCAUGUUUUCUAGUGAACCAUAUAUGAACUUAAACAUCUCUGCAAAUUUUGGACAUCCUGUUAACAGAGACAUUAAUAGUGGAUACUCGUACCAGCCUAAAACGGGCAAGUCAUAUGGUUCUAGCACAACCAGCGCUUUUAGCACAGUAUGUUCUACUUUUAUACCACAGCUGCAGUCUAGUUCCAGUCCACUAACAAUGUCAAGUGUGAAUCCAGCAGGGGGAGUAGUAACCCCACUAAUUCAUCCCUUAACUGGAAAAAUUCUAGAUCCUAGCUCUCCACUUGGUCUUGCUUUGGCAGCAAGAGAAAGAGCUUUGAAAGAGUCUCAGCAGCACAGUAGAAAUGAAGUAGAAGAGAGAAAGUCUCGUCCAUGCUCGCCUAGGUUUGUGGAGCAGCAGAAGUCACCAAUUGACUCUCAUAACAGCCCCACACACCGACAUUGGGAUUCAGGAUCUGUUCGAAAAAAGGAGAUUGAUUACAAGUCUUGCAUGAUGAAUCCUGGAGGGGAGAGAAAGUCAGAUGAGAGCUCUGGACACCGGUCUCCUGCUCUUUUGUUACUGCAAGGUGUUGAGCAAGGUAAAGCUUGGGAGAAAAGGACUGACGGGCAAGAAAAGAUAGAGCUUCAUGUGCGUUUCAUGGAGAACUCCACUCACAAAGAUGAAGAACAACAUAAGAUAGCCAUGGUCAAAGAAGUAAAAAGCCCCACAGUUAACCACCCUGCAGUAUCCAGCACAAACUGUGUGACAAAUGAAUCCAAUUCCAAAGAAAAUGGCCUUCCCUUGUUAGUUUUGCCGCCACCAGCUCCAUCUAUUGAUGUCGAUGAUGAUUUUCUGUUUACAGAACCCCUCCCGCCACCCUUAGAAUUUUCAAACAGCUUUGACAAACCUGACUCCCCUCCAGGACCAUCUAGUGGAGUGAACACACUCCCACCACCUCUGCCUCCACCCCCACCUGAGUCCGGCAAUACUCCUGCAUUAGACUCUACAACUUCUAGCCUCACUUCUUAUGAUAGCGAAGUAGCGAACUUAACCCAGGGGACACCAGAACUCAAAGAACCUCAUGUUAAUUUUUCAUCCGUUGUUUCAUCCAUUCAAAUACCAGCUUCAGACACCAUGGAAACUGUGACUGACUCUGGCAUUGAAGAGAUUGACAGUCGAAGUAGCAGUGACCACCAUCUUGAAACUAUUAGUAGUGUAUCUACAUUGUCAAGCAUGUCAGGUCUGUCAACAGAAGGAACUGAACUUUUGGACACAUACAUAACUUAUCUAGAUGGGCAAGCAUUUGGUGCUGAAAAAGCUGUCCUUCAAAACAAGAUCCGGUCCCGGACAUUCCCAAGCAGAACCCCUGGGCUACUCAGGGAUCCCAUUACUGCCACAAGUACCACCAUAUCAAUUGCCCCCUGCACAGAGAAUGUCUUUACUCUUACUCCCUCACAUGGGCCAUCACUCAUUGCCCCUUCAGACUCCACCAAGGACACCCAACGUAAAUCUCCCACUCUUCCAUGGGAGGACUUCUCUCAGGAGAAAACAUCUCCUGUCUCAACUGGUAAACCUACCAUGAUCACAGAACUAAGCUCAAAACUCCAGCAUAUGAGUGGGGUUUCAUGGUCCAGGUCUCCAGAAUCUGCCGUGGCUUUUACACCAGAGAGACCAUCUUCUUUGCAAAGGCACAGGAUAGUUGAUGAUUCUUCGGUGUCCUUGAUUUCUUCGAAACCAGUAAGCAGUAUGUAUCACAACUGGCCCAAGUCUCCCCAACCGCCUUCAAAGCAUCCCAAAAGUGUGGACUUUGACAUUCGCCCUUCACUGAGACGAGCACCAAGCCCUUCAGCUUUACCCUCGGAACACAAAAUAAACCCAGCACCCCGCCCAUCUUCUCUCCCAAUUCUGCCUUCAGCCCCUGUUUAUACAGGGGUUUUUGACCUGAGAAGCUCCCCAACAGCUGGAGGUGAGUCCUUUCCCAGCUUCCAAACAGGCAGUCGGUCUCUCUCCCCCACACAUUUUAUUCUUCCCCCUACAGAGAAGCCCUUUGCUUCCAAGCCUGUUCACUUCUGGACAAAAUUUGAUGUAGCCGAUUGGUUGGACUAUUUAAACCUUGGUGAACACCGAGAACAUUUCCUAGACAAUGAAAUUGAUGGUAGCCACUUACCUUCUUUAACCAAGGAGGACUACAUUGACCUGGGGGUGACCAGGGUUGGUCAUCGAAUGAACAUUGAACGUGCUCUAAAAUUCUUCAUAGAGAGGUGAUCUGAAAAAAGAAUCUUUUGAUUCAUAGUGCUUACAUUUCCGCAUUCAUCUAUUUUCCCUAUCCUAAAGCGAUUCAACAUGGUGUCCAAAGGGAAGCAUAUCUGAAUGUAAUAUGAGAGUAAAUGAAAAGCAAAAACUAACAAAAAAAAAUCAAAGACUAUAUAAAUUAUUAUUAUAUAUACAUAUAUAUAUUAUAUAUACUUUAACAAUGAUGCACAGAAUUUUCAUGAAAUGAUUGAUUCACCAGCUGCUUCUUUUACACUAUGGGGCAGAGAGCCUUCAUUGUGAUCUGUGACAUAUUCUUGGUUUUUGGGGGCACUGAUGAGAAUAGAAUAGUAAUGCUCUCAUUUCAUCUGCCGUGGCAUUUCUGUUUCUGAACAACGUAGAAGGGACAACAUGAAAUAUAGCAGACAGGGAGAAAAAGAAAAAUCAUGGAACAUAUGAGUGGAUUGAGAAUCAUACGCCAAGUCUUCCCCCGAAAUGUAUUCCUAUAUUGAGCAAGUGGAAAAAAUCAUAGCACGGUAUUACAACAUGCAACAUCAGGUUGCAUUUGAGAAUUAAUCAGUAUUAUAUAUUUCCUUGGCUGGAGUGAAUCCCAUCCUACUAUUGAAGUAAAAAAUGAAACGUACAGUAUAUUUAUUUUACUUUUACUUGGGGGUCAUCUUGCACUGGGAGAUCAUGGUGAUCCAUAAAUGGGCCUUCUUAUUGUCACUGGGGUCACUCAUUUGCAUAUUCAGCGCCACUUUCCCAAAAUGAGCCACUAAGAUUGAAGAAACCUCUGUAAUUUAGAAAGGAGAACAUAAUAUAAUUAAUAUUAAAGCAAAAAAAAACCCCCCUCUCUCUCUCUCUAGAUACAAAAUAUGUAUAUGAAUUGCAGCCAAGUGAUUGCUUGUGUCAAAACAAUUUCAAAAUAGCGAACGUAGCUCAGGAUGUUAUUACUUUUUUUUUCUAUAAGAAUGGACAAGAGCCAAGGGGUUCUGUCUAUGUGAAAGUGGAUAUAAAGGUCUCAAGCUGGAAGGCCAAUGACACAUUGCCAAUAAUGAGUGAGGAUUUUCUGUUUUUGUAGAUAACAGGGAUGAUUAACCUUCUUCCUCUUUCAAAGACAGCAUUGAUGGUUGUCUCAUUACAUGUUCUAUGGACUGAGUUCUCUCUUUCUCUUUAGCCAAAGCCGAAUGACCACUGUGCUGUUGUGCCUGAGAUCUCGCAUUCCUUUUAAACUCAGACACAGCAUUGUCAUUGUUUUAUUUCUCUCCCCCCACCUACAUUGAUUUAUUUCUAGGACUGUAGUUAGGCACCACGUGCACACGUAGGACCUUCUGCUGUUCCAUGGGGAAUAUCUGUGAGGUAUUCCAUUGUUGGGUUGAUGUUAGAGAUAUAUAGCCUUACUUUUGUUGUUGUUUUAUCAAUUGCUUAUGUAUUUUAAUAACCGUGGACAUGUUUGACUAUGAUGAUACUGCAAAGCUGAAAACUUCUUGAGCGACAAGAGAAAAGUGCAAAAAUGAGAUCUAGCACCUGGGUAUAUUAGAUGUAAAUUUCCAUAGAAUAGGGGUUUGCACCUUGUGAUUCUAUAGAUCUACAACAUCUGUAAGACUGCAUGUUUGCCAGCCCUGUCAUAGACACUAUAGCACCUAGGAAGGUCCAACCUGGGGCUUUCUUGCUUUUAAUUUACAGCUCCUGUCUUGGACAUCCCUAGAUUCAGUGUCGGACUGGCCCACAGGGAUACCAGGAAAACUCCUGGUGGGCCCAGGUGUCAGUGGGCCCUCCU